ACGCUUUCGACCAAUCACAUUCCGGGAAACAGAGCUCUCCAUUCAGAGUUGCGCUGAGGUCGCCAGCCCAAAGAAAUAGUUUAAAGUUUUGGACCUCGGCGACUUCGGGCGCUCGCCUGCUCCGAAGUUGAUGACGGUAGCCGACGGUGACCCGUUGCCGCUCGCCAUGCCCGUCCCAGUCGAGUGCUGCCUUGCCCCGGACGCGGCCCGUCCAUCCCCGGGCUCGCUUGUCCCGCCUGGGCCGAUCAAUGGGCAGCAGCCCGGCGUGGCCACGUCGCUGCUGUAUAGCGGCUCCCAGUUUCGAGGCUACCAGAAGAGCAAAGGGAACGCCUACGACGUGGAUGUGGUUUUGCAGCACGUGACUCCCGAGGACUCCUACUUGUGUGGAUAUCUGAAGAUCAGCGGCCUGACUGAGGAGUAUCCGACGCUCACGACAUUCUUUGCUGGUGAAAUCAUCAGCCGAAAGCGGCCUUUUCUAACAAGGAAGUGGGAUGCUGAUGAAGAUGUGGACAGGAAGCACUGGGGCAAAUUUCAGCCAUUUUAUAAAGUGGCCAAAAGCUUCAACUCUGAUGACUUUGACUACGAUGCGCUGGAACGCAGCGAUUACGUCUUCAUGAGAUGGAAAGAGCAGUUCCUGGUCCCCGAUCACACCAUCAAGGAUAUCAGCGGCGCGUCCUUUGCAGGCUUUUACUACAUCUGCUUCCAGAAGUCCUCGGCCACUAUAGAGGGUUACUACUACCACAGGAGCUCGGAAUGGUAUCAGUCCCUCAACCUGAGCCACGUCCGAGAGCACAGUAUUCCCAUUUAUGAAUUCCGCUGAAAAGACUAGCGACAAAUGUUUUUGUCAAGGAGGGUUCCGCUCACGCUGCCCCGGUCUUCAAUGGGAUGCCCAAAAACAACAUCAAGAAAUACGGAUGGCGAGGGAGCCACUUGCUAUCCCAAAUGGAGCUCGGUGAACCCCCCCCCCCCCCCCCCCCAAAUCAGAAGACGCUCUCCGACUCCUGCGCAAGACUGAGAGAAAGAUGCGAAGGCUAACGGACGCGAUGAAGAGGUCUCACUGUGGCCGCAAAGCCCAUCUUGACCUCAUUUGCCAACCUGGCUUGAUUUUGGUUUUUAAUUAUGUUUUACAAAGGCAACAUUUGCUCACAAAAAGACAACUUUGCCUUGAAGUUGAACUAAGUAAGCCUUUCAGUCCUUUCUUUUCUCAUUUGAUUUAAAAGACUAAAGACAUCUUUCUAAUGUCGUGCUUUCACAACAACUGUUGACGUAACAAAGCUUUACAGAGCACAUCACGGAAAACAUUGGCAAUAAUACAAACACAACAACGAUCCCUCCAUUUGAAAAUCAACAACUGUCAUGCACUCUGGAUGAUCAAUAACCAUAUCGGGUUGUGACUCAUCAAAUAGUCUUAAAAUGACUUCAAAAUGGGUUUUUUUAAUCAAGCCCCCCCCCCCCUCUCUCAUUUACAAUUAUUAUUUUUGAAGAACCAUGUAACAUCACAUACCAUUUGUGUCGAUAUCACACAAGUCAAAGUGGCAAAGACUUUGCCUUGCUGGGAAAGUUAGUUUUUGAAGAAAUGGGACAAGGGUCAGUCUAGUGGAAGCGUCACUAAAAAAAAGAUUGAGCUUGAAACAGUCUUUGAGGUGCUCUUGGAAAAGUGACAAACUUAAAAUUACAUUCUAAACCUCCUGGUGCUUCACAUCAAAACACAAUAUUGUAUCGGACUUUGGGGGGGGCAGGAUCUGUUGAAUUUACCGAUAUGGCCGAUAUGGACUGAUGGCAAAAUGUACCUUGUGUGACAUUUGCUGGAAUACACCACAUUAAAAAAAAAUGUUGGAUGUGUCUGCUGCACCAAGCA